AUGUUGCGAACUCUACGGAGCCUUGCGACAAAUCAUUGUCGAAAUGUUGCCACAUCCGCAAAACCAGAAGUGUUGCGAGUUCCACAAAUGGAGUUUGACAGUACACUAUUUGAUGAUGUUCAAAGCCGUGUUAAUCAGCAUGGAAAUACUAUUGAUAAAAUCAUAGUAACUUUUAUCAAAAGAGAUGGUUCCAAGAAGGAUUACCUCAUGAACAGAAAUAUCUCGACACCAUUUGAUUGCGCAAAACAUGUGAAUAUGUUGCUUGCUAAGCGAGCAGUGUUGGCCCUUACUUCAUAUGAAGGAAGCAGUGCUCAGCUAUCAUGUAUGAAUGAACCACUGCGAGAUAAAUGCAGCCUAGAAGUGAUUGACUUUCAGAGCGAGCAAUAUGCAGCAGAGCUUAAUAAGGCUUACUGGAGGUCCUGCACUGUACUCUUAGCAGCUGUUCUGUCAGAAGGUCUCAGGGACAAAAUCUCCAUAUCUGGUUUUCAUAAUGAAGUUUCUGAUUCCUAUUUUGGAGUUGAUAUCAGUGGGUUGACGGGUUCUUUGUCUCAGUCUGACCUUAAAGACUUAGCCGUUUUUGCUCGUUCCGAAUUUAUCAAUAAAGGUAUUCCAUUUGAAACCGUAUCUUUAACACCAGAAUUGGCUAAAGAUUACGGAUUAGGUUCA